GGGAAGCACAGGCAGGGCCCGGGUUGCGAGGACAACGUGUCCCCGAGCUUCCAAGUUGGAGAGUUUUCAGGUCAUAACAUGAAAAUGUUGCUGAUUUUCUUCCUUGUAACAAUUUGUUCCCAUAUUUGUGCGAACCAAGAUUCUGGUCCUGAGUACGCAGAUGUGGUCUUUCUGGUGGACAGCUCCGACCGCCUGGGGAUUAAGUCCUUUCCUCUUGUGAGAACUUUCAUCAGCAAGAUGAUCAGCAGCCUCCCCAUAGAGGCCAACAAGUACCGCGUGGCCCUGGCGCAGUACAGCGACGCUCUCCACCUCGAGUUCCACCUGGACACCUUCAAGAGCAGGAGCCCCAUGCUGAACCACCUCAAGAAGAACCUGGGGUUCAUGGGCGGCUCCCUGAAGAUAGGACAUGCCCUGCAGGAGGCUCACAGGACCUACUUCUCUGCUCCCACAAACGGGAGAGACAAGAAACAGUUCCCCCCGGUUUUGGUGGUCCUGGCUUCAGCCGAAUCUGAGGACGAUGUGGAAGAGGCCUCGAGGGCCCUGCGGGGAGGCGGGGUGAAGAUCAUCUCGGUGGGGGUGCAGAAGGCUUCUGAGGACAACCUGAAGGCCAUGGCCACGUCCGGGUUUCAUUUCAACCUCCGGACGGUCAGAGACCUCAGCACGUUCUCCUCCAACAUGACGCAGAUCAUCAGGGACGUGGUCAAGCACCGGGAGGCAGCAGCCGAUGAUAUCAUUGUGGAAGCUUGCCAAGGCCCUUCUGUGGCUGACGUUGUGUUCCUGUUAGAUGUGGCAAUCAAUGGCAGCCAGGAGAACCUUGACCAGCUUAAAGCAUUCCUGGAAGAAAGCGUCUCUGCCCUUGACAUCAAGGAAAAUUGCAUGAGGGUUGGCCUGGUGGCCUAUAGCAAUGAGACCAGAGUGAUCAGCUCCCUGAGUAUGGGUAUCAAUAAGUCAGAGAUCCUGCAGCGCAUACAGAGCCUGACUCCCCGGCUGGGCCAGGCCUACACUGGGGCCGCCAUCAGAAAAACCCGGAAGGAGGUCUUCAGCACGCAGAAAGGCAGCAGGAAGAAUCAGGGGGUGCCCCAGAUUGCCGUGCUGGUGACCCACAGAGCUUCAGAAGACAAUGUGACCAAAGCGGCUGUCAACCUCCGGCGGGAGGGCGUGACCAUCUUCACCAUGGGCAUAGAAGGGGCCAACACAUCCCAGCUGGAAAAGAUCGCAUCCCACCCCGCUGAGCAGUUUGUCACCAAGCUGAGCAACUUCUCGGACCUGGCUACCCACAACCAGACGUUUCUGAAAAAGCUGAGGAACCAAAUCACACACACGGUCUCUGUCCUCUCAGAACGGACAGAAACCCUCAAAUCUGCCUGUGUGGACACUGAGGAAGCUGACAUCUAUCUGCUCAUUGAUGGCUCAGGGAACACCCAGGCCACAGACUUCCACGAAAUGAAGACCUUCCUGUCGGAGGUGGUGGGGAUGUUCAACAUCGCUCCCCAAAAGGUGCGCGUUGGGGCUGUUCAGUACGCGGACCGCUGGGAUUUGGAAUUUGAGAUUAAUAAGUACUCGAACAAGCACGACCUGGGAAGGGCCAUCGAGAACAUCAGGCAGAUGGGUGGGAAUCCCCACAUGGGGGCGGCCCUCAAUUUCACGUUGAAGCUGUUGCAAAAAGCAAGGAAGCAGCGAGGAAACAAAGUGCCUUGUCACCUUGUUGUUCUGACGAAUGGCCUGUCCAAGGACAGCAUCGCAGAGCCGGUGCACAGGCUGAGAGAAGAGAACAUCCAUACACAUGCUAUUGGGGUCAAGGAGGCCAACCCGACACAGCUCCGAGAGAUCGCAGGAGAGGAGAGGAGAGUGUACUAUGUGCAUGACUUCGAUGCCUUGAAGGACAUUAGAAACCAAGUUGUUCAAGAAAUCUGUGCUGAGGAAGCCUGCAAAGACAUGAAAGCUGACAUCAUGUUUCUGGUGGACAGCUCUGGCAGUAUAGGACCUGAAAACUUCAGUAAAAUGAAGAUCUUUAUGAAAAGCCUGGUGAGCAAGUCUCAGAUCGGACCAGAUCGCGUGCAAAUUGGCGUGGUCCAGUUCAGUGACGACAGUAAGGAGGAAUUUCAGCUCAACAAAUUCAUGUCCCAAAGUGACAUCUCAAAUGCCAUAGACCAAAUGGCUCACAUUGGAGAAACAACCAUGACGGGCAGCGCCCUGACGUUCGUGUCCCGGUACUUCAGUCCUUCCAAGGGCGCCCGGCCCAACGUCAGGAAGUUUCUCAUCCUCAUCACGGAUGGUGAAGCUCAGGAUGUAGUAAAGGAGCCUGCAGAGGCACUUCGACAAGAAGGUGUGAUCAUCUACUCAGUGGGAGUAUUUGGCUCCAAUGUCACUCAGCUUGAAGAGAUCAGUGGGAGACCAGAGAUGGUUUUUUAUGUUGAGAAUUUUGACAUUCUGCAGCACAUUGAAGAUGAUCUUGUUCUGGGAAUAUGCAGCCCCCGUGAAGAAUGCAAGCGCAUCGAGGUUUUGGAUGUCGUGUUUGUCAUCGACAGCUCUGGCAGCAUUGAUGAUCAAGAGUAUAGUAUCAUGAAGGAGUUCAUGAUUGGCUUGGUGAAGAAAGCAGACGUGGGCAGGAACCGGGUGCGGUUCGGAGCUCUGAAGUACGCCGAUGAUCCAGAAGUGCUGUUCUAUCUGGAUGACCUCGGUACGAAGCUGGAGGUGAUGUCGGUGCUUCAGAAUGACCAGCCCCUGGGGGGCAACACUUACACGGCGGAGGCCCUGGCCUUCUCAGACCACAUGUUCACGGAAGCCCGGGGCAGCCGCCUGCACAAGGGGGUACCCCAAGUCCUCAUUGUCAUCACGGACGGAGAAUCCCACGACGCCGAGAAACUCAACGCCACCGCCGGGGCCCUACGGGACAAGGGCAUUCUUGUCCUGGCCGUGGGGAUCGCGGGUGCCAACCAGGAGGAGCUGCUGGCCAUGGCAGGGUCAAGUGACAAGUACUACUUCGUGGAGACGUUUGGAGGCCUGAGGGGGAUAUUUUCGGAUGUGUCCGCUAGUGUCUGCAACUCUUCAAAAGUAGAUUGUGAAAUUGAAAAGGUAGAUCUUGUUUUCCUCAUGGAUGGUUCGAACAGCAUUCACCCAAGUGACUUCAAGAAGAUGAAGGAAUUUCUGGCAUCUGUGGUUCAAGACUUUGAUGUCCGCCUCAACAGAGCGCGCAUAGGAGUGGCUCAGUUCAGCCAUACCUACCGGCCAGAGUUCCCUCUGGGAGCUUUCACAGGGGAAAAGGAGAUAUCGUCCCAGAUUGAAAGCAUCGAGCAGAUCUUUGGGUACACCCACAUCGGUGAGGCACUCCGGGAGGUGAGGCACUACUUCCAGCCAGAUAUGGGCAGCAGGAUAAACACGGGUACCCCACAGGUGCUGCUGGUCCUCACGGAUGGCCAGUCCCAAGACGAGGUGGCUCAGGCCGCGGAGGAGCUGAGACACAGGGGGGUGGACAUCUAUUCAGUGGGCAUCGGGAAUGUGGAUGACCAGCAACUGAUCCAGAUCACGGGGACUGCCGAGAAGAAACUGACGGUGCAUAACUUCGAUGAACUGAAGAAAGUCAAAAAAAGGAUUGUUCGCAACAUCUGUACCUCAGGGGGUGAGAGCAAUUGUUUUGUGGACAUUGUGGUUGGCUUUGAUAUCUCAAGUCAGAGGAAAGGGCAGAUGUUUCUCGAGAGUCAGCCUUGGAUGGAAACCUACCUUCAAGACAUCUUGCGUGCCAUCAGCUCCCUCAAUGGAGUAAGCUGUGAGGUGGGCACAGAGACACAGGUUAGUGUGGCUUUUCAAGUGACAAAUGCCAUGGAACCGUACUCUGCCAAGUUUGAGAUCUACAGUGAAAACAUCCUGAACAGCCUGAAGGGCCUGACGGUGAGGGGCCCGGCUCGGCUGAACACUGACCUGUUGGGUUCUCUGUGGGACACGUUCCAGAAUAAGUCAGCCGCUCGAGGAAAGGUGGUCCUUUUAUUUUCAGAUGGAGUGGAUGAUGGUAUUGAGAAACUUGAACAAAAAUCCGAUGAACUCAGAAAAGAAGGCCUGAACGCCCUCGUGACCGUCGCUCUGGAUGUUGCUGCUGACUCUAGUGACCUGGCUGAUCUCCUCUUCAUCGAAUUUGGGAAAGGAUUUGAGUACAGAACACAGUUCACCAUGGGCAUGAGGGACCUCGGGAGUCAGCUGGCAAAGCAGCUGAUCAAUGUUGCCGAGAGAACAUGCUGCUGCCUGUUCUGCAAGUGCAUGGGAGGAGAUGGCACUGUGGGUGACCCAGGAUCGCCUGGGAAAAAGGGACCCUCAGGUUUUAAAGGCAGCGAAGGCUACCUGGGAGAGGAGGGCACGGCCGGAGAAAGAGGAGCUGCCGGACCAGUGGGAGAGCAAGGCACUAAGGGAUGCUAUGGCACCAAAGGACCUAAAGGAGCCAGAGGUCUAAAUGGAGAAGAGGGAGACGUUGGGGAAAGUGGAAUUGAUGGGCUAGAUGGAGAAAAGGGUGACAGUGGUCUUCCUGGGAUAAAAGGAGAAAAGGGUGAUGAGGGAUCCCAGGGAAGCCCAGGAAAGAGAGGGACUUCCGGUGACCAUGGAGCAAAGGGCUCACGAGGAGACCCGGGAAUUCCUGGACUUGACAAUAGCAUCCAAGGACCCAAGGGCUCACAAGGAGACCGUGGAAGGCAGGGUAGAAGAGGCUGGCCAGGCUCCCCUGGGACUCCUGGCUCCAGAAGAAAGAUGGUUGCUCAUGGACAAAGAGGACAUCCUGGCCCACAGGGAAAGCCUGGGAUUGCAGGCCCCCGUGGACUUGAUGGCUCACCAGGACUCCAAGGUCCUCGGGGCCCAAGAGGAGAGGCUGGUACAAAAGGAGAAAAAGGAAAUCUGGGAAUUAAAGGUCCCCAGGGGCCUCCUGGACUUGGAGGACAAGUUGGGAAGCAAGGCCAUUUGGGAAGCCAAGGAAAUAAAGGAGAACCUGGAGACCCGGGAGAAAAGGGAGCUACUGGCUUUCCUGGUCCUCGGGGCCCACAGGGUGACGAUGGCCAUCCCAGUUAUGGUAACAGUGGACAUAAAGGGACAAAGGGGCAAGAAGGAUUCCCUGGAGAAAGUGGACCUAAGGGUGAGACCGGGGACCCUGGUGAGCCAGGAGAGACUGGACGCAAGGGAUCUAGAGGCAAAAUGAUAUCUGCUGGACUUCCAGGAGAGAUGGGAUCCCCGGGGGAGCCAGGACCUCCUGGACGUAAGGGUCUGAAAGGGGCCAAAGGAUUGGCUUCAUUUUCUGCAUGUGACCUCAUUCAAUAUGUGCGGGACCACAGUCCUGGCGGACGCGGCAAACCCGAAUGCCCGGUGCAUCCAACUGAGUUGGUGUUUGCCCUGGACCAGUCGCGGGGUGUCACGCAGCGGGAUUUCGAGCGCAUGAAGGGGAUGCUGGUCCACCUGGUGGGGGCCGUCAAGGUCCGGGAGAACAGCUGCCCCGUGGGGGCCCGCGUGGCCAUCCUCGCCUACAGCUCCCACGCCACGCACCUCGUCCGCUUCUCGGACACCUACGGCAAGGAGCAGCUGCUCAGGGAGAUUCGAGCUCUCCCUUAUGAGCCAUCUGCAGACGGCAGGGAGAUCGGCAGAGCCAUGAGGUUCAUCUCCAGGAACGUCUUCAAGCGCACCCUGCCCGGCGCUCACACGAGGAGGAUCGCCACGGUCUUCAGCGGAGGUCAGUCCGCCGACGCUCAGUCCAUCACCACGGCCACCAUGGAAUUCAGCGCCCUGGACAUCGUGCCCGUGGUCAUCGCCUUCGGCAACGUGCCCUCCGUCAGGAGAGCGUUUGCGAUCGAUGACACGGGCACAUUCCAAGUUGUUAUGGUUCCCACCGGGACCGACGACAUGCUAGCCUUAGAGAGACUCCAGCGGUGCACUUUCUGCUACGAUAUAUGCAAGCCAGAUGCUUCCUGUGACCAAGAGAGACCACCUCCUGUGCAGUCCUACCUGGACGCUGCCUUCUUGUUGGAUGGCUCCCGUCAUGUGGAAAGUGUGGACUUUGAAGACAUAAGAACCCUCCUGGGGGCACUGUUAGAUCACUUUGAAAUCACCCCAGAGCCAAAGACCUCUGUCACUGGAGACAGGGUGGCCCUAUUGAGCCAUGCUCCUCCAGACUUCCUACCAAAUACUCACAAGAGUCCUGUCAGGACUGAAUUCAACCUUACCACCUACAGCAGUAAGCGCCUCAUGAAGAGGCAUGUGGAACAAGCUGUCUACCAGCUCAAUGGAGAUGCUUUCAUUGGCCAUGCCUUGCGGUGGACUCUGGACAAUGUCUUUUCAAGCACACCCAAUCUGAGGAGAAACAAAGUCAUAUUUGUGAUAUCUGCUGGGGAAAGCAGCCACUUGGAUGGGGAAGCCUUAAAGAAAGAGGCCUUGAGAGCCAAAUGUCAGGGCUAUGCCAUAUUUGUGUUCUCCUUGGGCCCUGCUUGGAAUGCCAAGGAACUGGAAGAUCUAGCCAGCCACCCCGUGGACCAUCACCUGAUCCAGCUUGGGCGAAUUCAUAAACCUGACCACAGAUAUGGUGUGAAGUUUGUGAAGUCCUUUAUAAACUCGAUCAGACGUGCAGUCAACAAAUAUCCACCAGUAAACUUCAAGGUCAAGUGCAACAAACUCAGCUCCAUGGACCCAAAGCAAUCCUCACGGCAGUUUCGAAGCUUCGCUCCUGGAGCACCUACAGCCGCCCUCGGAGAAGACGCCCGGCAGAAGGCCAAGCUCUUCCCCGACAGAAAACCUCUUUCACGAGUGGUGAGAGGUGGCAGAGACGAUGCUGUUCGAAGUAUUUCCAGGAACAUAUUCCAUACUUUAAAGGAAAAAGGAGUGACAAACACUCUCAAACCACACGGGAAAAGAAGUGCUUGAACAACUUACCCGUACAAACACAGUCAGACUCCGGGCUUUGAAGUGACCAGGUCACUCCAAAACCUGAGGCCCUUCUGUGUUGGAUACAUACUUGCACCCAGAAAGCCGCUGUGGGGGGGUGAGAACGCCACAGGUCGUGAAUAAUCGGGUAACUUGACCUCCUGCACGCCCUGGUAUAAACAUACAACUCAUUCCUUUGGCUAUCCUAAGUCCAGCACUCUAAGACUGGUGUGCUCAACUGUUACCAUUAGAAGAUGGGAGAAAGAAAGUCGUGUUUUGAAAAGUUUAAUGAAGAUAUAAAUUUUACAAAAUGUAUGCAUGUGUGGACAUGAGCCAAUGUUUCUCUUGACUGCA